AUGGCCCAACAGGAUAUACUACUUGGCUCUGCUGUUGUGAGACAUGACCUAAUAUAUGAAGUCCCAGUCGUAGCAAUGAACAACAGCGAUGCCCCAAUCAAAUUGUAUAAGGGUACCACAAUUGGCCAACUUACAGCGGUUCAGGUCGAAAGCGAAAGAGAAGUUACCACACGUCAGGCCCCUGUACGCACAGGCCCGGUGAAUGUGGAUCCGGUGGCUGUGGAUCUCAAUAAUAGUUGUCUUACAUCUCAGCAAAAGUGUCAAGUCAUCAAUCUCCUCCGGGACUAUCGCGAUGUAUUUGCUAAUACCGAUUCGGAAGUCGGUCGAACAGAUCGUACGAAAUUUAAGAUUAACACAGGUACUAAUUUACCUGUUGCUUUGAAGUUACGAAGAACCCCACUUGCACUACGACCGGAAGUUGAUUGGCAGAUCAAGAAUAUGGAAGAAAGGGGCGUAAUUUGCAAGUCUUCAUCAUCCUGGUCCUCACCGAUUCCAUUAGUCCCCCAAAAGGACGAGACGUAUCGCUUUUGCGCCGACACCUUGAACGAUGUCACCAAAACGGAGAUCUUCCCGUUGCCAUCUAUUCGAGAAUGUUUGGAUUCCUUGUGCGGUUCGAUCAUGUUUAGCACACUUGAUUUGCACAGUGGAUACUGGCAGAUCGAAAUCGAUCACAAGGACAGACAUAAGACGGCGUUCACAACUGAAUCAGGACAUUGGUAA